UCAACUAUCGCCCAUCGCUAGCAACCCAACACAACUUGCCGAACGAAAAGCGAAAGGGCGACAGCAACACAACAACAGGAAACAGAAGAGCAACGAAAAGAUGGGCGCAAAGCAGUCGCGUGAGCCACGUUCCGUUUCGAUGGAGAAUCCGACUCCUGCUGGCGUCCUCGACAUAUCCGACGAUGUGGUGAAGCGCCUCAAGCAGGGUAUCUCACAGCAGGCUCGUGAAAAUGCCGCUGUUGCGGAGGCAGCCAAACCGGCACCCAAGCCCCAGCCCCAGUCGCAGCCACAGCCGACCAAGAAGGCGCCUGUCAAAGAGAGCAGUCCCGCACACCCAACAGUUGUCUACCAGGCAGCGACGCCCAUCUAUGUGCAGGGUGGCGGACAUACGAUCAGCGCCGCUGAUGUGCAGCGCCAGAUGAACCAGGAGCUGCAGAAGAACGAUGAGAUAUGGCGACAGCGUCAGACGCAGCUGGAGGAGAACCUCAAGAAGACAAACACCAUCAUGGAGUCGGAAUAUGCGAAAGCCGUCGAAGGCGUUCACAAGCGUUUCGUGAGCACCGCUGCGGCGCACAAGACCCCGCCAUGUGGUGAUCUCAAGUCACAGCUGCUCGCCUGCUAUCGUGCCCAUCCCGGCGAGACGCUGCAGUGCAUCCAGGAGGUGACCCAGUUCAAGCAGUGCGUCGAUGUGCAUCGCAUCAAGAAGCUGGACAGCGAAGCGGAAGCAACCAAAGCACCAGCGGCCAGCAGCAGCAAGGCAGCCGUGCCGGUUGCCAAAGCGGGCUAGAAAAAAAGACGUGUUGCCUUUUUUUGAGUUGUUUUCCUGUUUGUUUUGGUUGCUCCUGCGCCUAUUAGCCCUCAGAGAUCUGUAUAAACCAGGGAGCACGCUGUCAAAUGCGAGUGUCAUUGUAAACCAUAGUAAAUUAAUUAUUAAUAUAUAACGAAGGUGCGUUUCUCUAUUGCUUA